UAGAGCCGUAUUGUUGAGUCAUGUCCCCUCAGUCACAUGUUUGUCAGAGGGCUAAAGGAGGAAACUUAAUCGAGGGGGGAGGGACAGCUAUCAGUGGGUGCCUCAAGGUUGGAAGUGAACAGAAUGUGUGUGUGACAGAUAGAGAGAGAGAGAGAGAGACAGAGAGAGGUUAGGGUAAAAGAGUAGUGUGCUUCUACUUCCAGAACAGCUUUUCUGUUCUCCAAUCACUGCCUUUUUUCACCUCCUGUCCCUCCUCCUUCUCUGUGUCUUUUUCUUUCUCUGCCUUUCGGUGGCUGUUUGGCUUCAGUGGGUCUUUGCCAUCACACUACAAUGACUGCUGUAGCUGUAGUCUGCCUGCAGUGAGCAUUCUGAGGUUAUGCUGCCCGAAAGUUCCCAGUUGAGUCUGAGUGAAAAAGAAAAGGGCUAAAGCCAGCGCACUUUACAGCAUCAUCCACAAACCUGACCAUAAGCAAUGAGUGACCCUCAGGAUGCCAAUGACGUCACUUCUGCCGCAGGCUUGACAAGACAUUUGCCUGUUGCAGUGCAUUCUCCCCCCCAGCGAUGUGAUGACGAUGACGAUGACGAAGGGGACUUGAACAAGGCACUGGGAGUGCAGCGCUUCCAGCAGAUCCUCACGCCCGCCCAGCGCGUGCCCAUCGAACAGCACCGCACAUUUAAUGAGGAGGACUUUGAGUAUCACCGCCACACCUCUCUACACAUUCACCACCCUCUGUCAAAACUCCCAGAGGGCCGGAGGAAAAAGACCGGGAGGAAGCGGAAGGACUCAGGACGGAGGAGGAGUUCAUCCAUGGGAGCAGCUCCCCCGAUAGAUGAGGAUGAUGAGGAUGAAGAGGUGGAUGAAGAUUCCUGCAGUCAGCAAGACAGAGAGGGCAAUGUCACCACCACACCUACACCGGACACGGACACAGAGGCGUACACCGAGCAGGCAGAGUUUUUUGUAUCAGAAGAUGACCCCAACUCCACUGUAAAAAAGAACGGUAAAGCUUCACCUCAUCGAAAAGUGUCAAUCAUACCCCAUUCAACACUUCACACCAGUAUCAGCAUCCCAGAAGAUGUUACAACAACCGUGGGCAGAAAUUGGGUUCGUAAUCUGCCCAAUGGGAGACGAGUGUCCGCACCAUGUUUGUUUCCAAGUUUGAGUUCGCCAGACGGCAACUCUAAGCCUGGCCGCAGCUAUGAUCUGCACGAGCGGCGCCGCACAGGCAACAUGACGGGCACUGCGCUCGCACACUACCAACACAUGCCCACUGAUGAGAGCGAGGCACAGACGCUCGCCACGGUUGACCUGGAUGGCAUUAAGAGUCACCGGUUUGAAGAUGUCCCUGGUGUGCGGCGGCACCUGGUUAAGAAGAGCGCAAAAGGUCAGGUGGUCCACAUUGGCAAGGACCACAAAGAACCCAGCAGUCGUAUCCGCACUAAGCUGGAUCGGACCCCACAUGAGAGGAGAUCAUGGCCCUACUACACGGACCACAGGGUUCGUCAUGCCCAACAGCUGAAGGUGUUUGUUGAGCUGAACGAGUUAGUGAUGGAUAAGAACCAGGAGAUGCAGUGGAGGGAAACAGCUCGUUGGAUCAAGUUUGAGGAGGAUGUGGAGGAGGAGACCGAACGCUGGGGGAAACCUCAUGUAGCUUCUCUCUCAUUCCGCAGCCUGCUGGAGCUCCGUAAGACCAUUUCACAUGGUGCAGUGUUGUUGGACCUGGACCAGAAGACCCUUCCUGGUAUUGCUCAUCAGGUUGUGGAACAGAUGAUCAUCUCAGAUCAGAUCAGAGCACAGGACAGAGCCAACGUGCUCCGAGCCCUUCUGCUCAAACACAGUCAUCCGAGUGAUGGCAAGGAGCACAGCUUGUUUAAACGGAACAUCUCUGCAACCAGCCUUGGCUCUCUCAUAUCUCAUUACCAUAGCAAUAACCAUAUCGCAGCACCUGAGCCCCCUGCCACAGACCCGCUCAUGGCAGGACUACGUAAUUUUGAAUCACGCAGCAGUGUAGACUUAGAUAAGAAUGAGAAAGACACACCUCAGUUUUUUGGUCUGCACAAGACCAAAUCUAAACAUGAGCUAAAGUUGCUUGAGAAGAUUCCCGAGGAUGCAGAAGCGACCGUUGUCCUUGUGGGUAGCGUGGAUUUCCUGGACCAGCCCACCAUGGCCUUUGUGAGACUGCAGGAAGCAGUUCUGUUAGAGUCAGUUCUAGAAGUACCGAUUCCAGUACGGUUCAUUUUCGUGCUCCUUGGCCCACCCAGUGCCAAUGUUGACUACCACCAAAUCGGCCGCUCCAUAUCAACACUUAUGUCGGAUAAACACUUUCAUGAGGCGGCAUAUUUGGCAGAUGAGCGCCAGGACCUGCUGACAGCCAUCAACAGCUUCCUAGACUGCAGUAUUGUGCUUCCUCCAUCUGAGGUCGGAGGAGAUGAGUUGCUGCAUUCUAUUGCCCGCUUCCAGAAAGAGAUGCUGCACAAGAGACAUGAGCAAGAGGUCAAACUACAGGCCAAGGAACUUAAGAGCCCCGAGGACAUGGCUUUUUAUCCACCUUUAAAACCUGCAGACGACGAUCCUCUUCAGAGAACGGGUCGGCUGUUUGGCGGGGUUAUCCGAGAUGCACGACGCCGCUACCCUAAAUACAUCAGCGAUUUUAAGGAUGCCCUAAGUCCUCAAUGCAUGGCCACAGUCAUAUUUAUUUACUUUGCUGCCCUUUCUCCUGCCAUCACCUUUGGCGGACUAUUGGGUGAAAAGACAGAUGGUUUGAUAGGUGUGUCAGAGCUGAUUAUUUCCACUGCCGUGCAGGGAAUGUUGUUCUGCCUGGUUGGGGCUCAACCUCUUCUAGUGGUGGGCUUCUCUGGACCCCUUCUAGUAUUUGAAGAGUCCUUCUAUUCAUUCUGCAAGUCCAGUGAAAUCGAGUUUCUGACAGGACGUGCGUGGAUUGGAAUUUGGUUGGUCAUCAUUGUAGUUCUCACGGUGGCCUUUGAAGGGAGCUUCCUGGUGCGAUUUGUGACACGCUUCACCCAAGAGAUCUUCUCCAUCCUUAUCUCUCUCAUCUUCAUCUACGAGACCUUCUUCAAGCUGGGCAAAAUCUUCAUGGAUCAUCCUCUCAAGAGCUGCUAUGGGCGAGAAGAAAAUGACACUGCUUUACCAACACCCACCAGUGACGGCAGGUCUUCAGAUGCCUCUCAAACCCUAAACCAGCCAAACACCGCUCUCCUCUCCCUGGUGCUCACGUCAGGCACCUUCUUCAUUGCCUUCUAUCUGCGUAAAUUCAAGAACAGCGCUUUUUUCCCUGGCAGGCUCCGAAGGGCUAUUGGAGAUUUUGGAGUUCCUAUUGCAAUCUCCACCAUGGUCCUGUUGGACUACAGCAUUAAGGACACUUACACACAGAAACUAAGUGUUCCUGAUGGCUUCUCUGUGACCAGCCCGGACAAGCGCGGUUGGUUCAUACACCCAAUGGGCUCUGACGGCCAGUUCCCCAUUUGGAUGAUGGUUGCCAGCAUUCUACCGGCUCUGCUUGUCUACAUCCUCAUUUUCAUGGAGACUCAGAUCACCACUCUUAUUGUGAGUAAGAAGGACAGGAUGCUGGUUAAGGGCUCAGGGUUUCACCUGGACCUGCUAAUCAUCGUGGCCGCGGGUGGGAUUUCAGCACUGUUUGGGCUGCCAUGGUUGACUGGUGCGACUGUUCGUUCUGUAACUCAUGCAAAUAGUCUUACGGUGAUGAGCAAAGCCGUCGCUCCUGGCGACAAACCUCGCAUUCAGGAAGUAAAAGAGCAGAGAGUAACAGGAUUUCUGGUGGCUUUUCUUGUAGGUCUCUCCAUUGUGAUUGGAGAUCUUUUGCGGCAGGUUCCUAUCGCUGUGUUGUUUGGUAUAUUCCUCUACAUGGGAGUGAUGUCUCUCAAUGGGAUCCAGCUAACAGAACGCAUGAUGCUGCUCUUCAUGCCACCGAAGUACCACCCUGACCACACCUAUGUCCGCAAGGUGCGUACUCUCCGCAUGCACCUGUUCACUUGUUUGCAGCUGGUGUGCCUGGCUGUGCUGUGGAUUGUAAUGUCAACCGCGGCCUCGUUAGCCUUCCCGUUUGUCCUUCUCCUCACUGUGCCAUUCAGGAGGUUCCUGUUGUCCCGAAUAUUUACUCACCGUGAGAUACAAUGUCUUGACGCAGAUGAUGCAGAGCCGUCGUUUGAUGACAGAGAAGGUCAAGAUGAAUAUACAGAGAUGCAAAUGCCAGUAUGACCUCAUUCCUCUUCUGUCACUACCUGGGCUGGCCUGACUUUCUUUUCAGGCAGAGAUGUCCAAAUGUACUGCCUGUCUUUAACAUUUAUCAAUGUUUGUUCCAUUUUGUUUUUGCUUAAUUCAUGGAGUCGUUAUAUUUAUACAUAUGUAAAAGUGUUAAAUAUUUGCUCAAUGUCACUUGUAUCUGUUGCGUAAAGAAAUCUCUGUCUCCUGUACUAUUAAUAUUUUAUCUGUUUAUUUAUCAGAGUUGAAAUGUUAUUGUGCUAUGUAUGUGUUGUGGAGGGUUAAAUGAAUUCAUGAUCUCCAGUCAACUCAAAAUGAUACCGGAAGCACUUUAAGGCAAAUUGAAGCCUUUUCUACUGCUUCGUUACAUUUCAUUGCAAGAUGACAUAUAGUGUACUCCUGAUAAUGAACAACUGUACAUAAUAACAUUAAUGCACACACAAUAUUUUUGUAGCUAAACAGAAAUAUGUAUCUACAAGCAUUGGCACUUGUGACAAAACCAGUUUAUUUGGAUAGAAGAAGAGAUAUACGUGAAUAACUGUGAAUAUGUUGUCUUUUGAAAAGAGAAAAGGUUGCAUAGCUAUUUUGAAACCAGUUUUCUCACCAGAGCACCAAAGAGGGCUGUGUGUUUAUAUCACAUGAACACUAAGGGAAUCAUAUAAGUAGUCUUUAAUAGUCACAAUAGCACAUAAGACUACAAAAAGAGUCAUUUGAUUAUAGUGGAUUUUAAUUGCCCAGUUUGUAUGAAAGAGAGAAAAGCCAUGGUCAUUGUUAAAAGGAGUGUUUUAUGGAGUUUGAAAGGUUACGUUUUGCACCAUCUCUGCUAUGAUGAAUAAUGUUGUUAUGAUUAUAAAUCACCAACUACACUUGUGAAAUGGUUUGAUCGUUUGCUGCACUACUGUUUUAGUUUUAUUAACAAGUUUCAUAGGUGAAUAUUUGUCAUUUGAGGUACAGAUUUAGAAUGUAAACGAGCAAAGGCAAGUGUAGUAGAUUUGGUAUAAUGCUGUAAUCCUUUUCUUAACUGUGUACAUUCCAGUGAUGAUCUUGCGAAUAAUUAAUUUUAUAAAGAAGGGACUACAUCUAAGAUGUUGUUUAGUCUGUUGUGUAUGGUUUAAAAAAAAUGUCAAUGUGUAUUUUCUGCUACUAAAACAGUUCAUUCUACAGUUUUCAUAACUAGCGUGCACACUGUAGUAGUGCCUUUUUUUCCACUUGAUUCUUAAUUUCAGAUACAAUGUUGCUUUUACAAAGCUGAAGAAGUGACCUUAGCAAGAAAACAAAACACUGCAAGUGUGAUAGAGAAAGAUGUGUUCAAUAACAGAUUUUUGUGAUUAUUAAUUAAUAUAUUACUGUAGAAUGUCAAUGAUUUGGGCAUAUCUUUUGGUUUUAGCUCUGUAAAUACUUAAGAGCACAGGCCCAAACAUAAUAAAAUAAUGGAACUGAUUUUACAUAA